AUGGUAUUGCUUGAGGGAUUCAAAAACAAAAAGAUCAACGGAAUUCAGCUGGAUAUCGUCCGCGUCAUACCAGAGAUUGUCUGGACCAGUGGCCAUUCAGCGUUCGUGUUUAUACCAGAGGAUUUCUGGACAAGCAACUAUUCAGCGUCCGUGAUAGUACCAAAGAUUGCCUGGACCGGUGACGCAUUUAACAUCAAGCAAACGCAGACACCGCCUCUUAAUGCGACGGCGGGGAAUAUGAUCAGAUACUUCAUUAAACGGGCCCGUCUUCAGAAAAGACAGGCGGUCGGUCAACUCCGCGAUUUGCUGGUCAUAGUUGACUCGUCAGGAAGUAUAACACCAGAGGGGUUCGCCAUCGGCAAGAAGCAACUGUCGCGACUCCUUGGCAUGCUGUGCCCAGUACCCAACCCUUUCGAUAGCAACUACCAAAGAGCCGCUCUGCUGCAGUACUCGUCAACCGUCCAGGAGAUCUUUGAUUUUAACGACAAGCCGUCAACGAACCUCGUGCAACAGGGGAUUAACUCCAUGAUAUACGACGCAGGGAUUACGUGUACAGGAGAUGCGUUCAACUACGCAUAUAACAACAUGUUCACAACGGCUAAAGGCAUGCGCACUUCGCCUGAUGUCAAACAGGAAGUGCUUAUUAUAACGGACGGACAGUCGAACUGCGGGGUAAACGCAAUAGCGGCAGCUGCAAAUCUGCAAACAAAGGCGGAUGUCUUCGGAUUAAUGAUUGGGUACCACACUCCGGCCGGCGAGGCUGAACUAACCUCCUACGUGUCCUAUCCGAUAAACACGCAUCUGUUCGCAAUUAAUGGAAUGCAGGAUUUGGAACAACUCGUAAAUUUGAUUGACAGCCAACUGAGUACCGUACCGUGCGCACCGUUUGACCUUUAA